UAUGAGUGAAAUUGACUGGAUGAAUGAAGCAUUUACAGUUGCCAAGUUGGCACUUGAAAAUUUCGAAGUACCAGUAGGAUGCGUCAUUGUUUUCGAUAAUAAAUGUAUAGCAACUGGAAGUAACGAAGUCAAUGAAACGAAGAACGCAACGAGACACGCUGAAAUGAUUGCUAUUGAUAAAGUAAUAAAAUUUUCUCAAGAAAAUAAUUUAGAUAGCGAAAUGGUACUUAAAAAUUCUGAAUUGUAUGUAACAGUUGAGCCGUGUAUUAUGUGCGCUUCAGCCCUUAAAUUAGUAGGGUUGAAGAAGAUAACUUAUGGAUGCAAUAAUGAUAGAUUCGGUGGUUGUGAGUCUGUUUUUAGUGUAUGUUCAUCGGAUCAAGAAGUCAUUGGCGGAGUUCGUGCUGAAGAAGCUAUAAAUCUUUUAAAACAGUUUUAUAAAAGAGAAAAUGUAAAUGCACCAGAUGAUAAAAGGAAAUUAAGAAAAGAUUAA